GAGGGGGAGGAGGAGGGGGAGGAGGGGAGCAGGGGAGGGGAAGAGGGGAAGGAGGGGAGAGGCCGCGAGGCCGAACCCGCCGCAGCCGCAAGCGUGCACACACCUGCCGCCGCCGCCACGGGCGAUGGCGGCCAACAAAAUACUGCUUCGUGGCGCAAGCAGCGAGCAGGCGGAGGCGAUGGCGCGCGGCGACUUCUCUGCUCUGGGCCUGGGAGAGGGCUCGAUGGGCAUGUAUGAACGUCGGUGGCGGGCUAGCAACGCGGGUCGCGUUUGGAAUGUGGAGGUAGUGGUGACCAGGGAUCAGCGGGCGGCCUUCAUCAGGGCUGCGGCGCAGAUUAAACACACCGCAGGCGUGACGGUGGCCCCCUUCCUGACGCCGGAGGGGCGGGCAGCUAGGCGCGCGCGGCAAGCCCAGUUCGACAGCCUGGUGGAACGGGGUCUGCAGCCGUACUGGCGGGGCACGGACAUCGUGACUGAGGAGGGGGACCGGCGCUGCGUACACCCCGUGCAGUAAUGCACAUGGCGGAUAACUGAGAGGGGCGCGCAUUGUGUGUGUGUGUUUAAGUCCAGCGGAAGUUAGGCUUGUUGUGAAUGCAGGGCUAGGACACAGACGGUUUUGGUUAUUGAUCCUCUCUCUCACUUUGUGGCUGCCCUUAGGCAUAUCCUGCCCUGUGGGGAAGGGAAGGUAGCUAGUGCCGGCGGGGUGCUUGUUUUGCGGUUGCUGCGGCCACGUGCCGGACUUGGACGGUACAUGACUUUUUGCUAGGCGAACAAACAAUGCAUAGUGGCCAGCUGCCGGCUCGCAGCAGUGUUGAUAUAGACGGAGGUGCGGCUUCUAGGGCCAAACCGACGUCUCACAAUAUAGA